GAUCCUUUCCAUUGGUCCACAGGUUUGUCAAUUACUGCUGCACGCUACGGUUCGCCAAUCAAACACGCUCCUUCAGUCAGGCCGCCGUUACAGCCGGUUGUGAGACAUCUCCCUUUGGCCACUUUCCAAUUCCUUUUCUUUUCCUCUCCGUCAUUGGUCGCCUUGGAGGCCGCUCUCUUCCCGCGCCCGCACUCCCAGAGAGGGGCGGGGCCGAUAGGACAUUGCUAAGCGACCAAGAUGCGCGCGGGGUCAGUCCGCUGAACGAGAGGAGCAGGCAGAAGCGCCGAGGGAGCUGCGGGAUGGACCGCAGCCUGCCAGUUUUCUCCAUCCAAGAGAGCCCAUUUGGGGACACUCCCCUGGGUCGAAGCCACUACUGGCCUUCCCGAAGCCAGACCUGGCACCCCAAGGUGAGGACACCACCCCACAGAGAGUGCUGUGUGCCAGUCCAGUAGGAAGGGAGUGACGACUAGAGGGAAGGAAGACACGUGAUGAUGGGGACCCAGAGCCCAUGCAAGACCCAGACAUCCAGGCUCCCAGCAGCUCCCAAAGUUCUGGCCACAGGUCCCAACUCCCCUGAGCCAUUCGAGGAUUCCUGGCCCUCCAGCUCGGGGACCCCUUCCCCACCCAGCACCACCGAGGGACAGAUCGGAGCCUCCUCACCACCCACCCUGAUUGACAGUGGGGACUCUGUGGUGGCCAAGUACAUCAACCGGUUCCGUCAGGCUCAGCCCACGAGCCGGGAGGAGCGCCAGCCUGCAGGCCCAACCCCGGCUGACUUUUGGUGGCUGCAGCCUGAAUCUCCAGACCCCAGCAGUCAACUUGCAGCAGCAGGAGUCAGUGAACCAGGAAGAAGACUCAACACAGCAGUCCCGACUCUUGCCAAGGUGGCCAGCACAUCACAGGCUAAGGCUGUGGCCCCCCUUCAAGAAAUAAAGCAGAGCCUCAACACAUGGAACUCAUCCAUGCUGGACCUGGAGACGCUGAGCCUGCAAAGCAGAGCUGCCAGGCUGCUCCAACGCAGCAAGGCCUCCAUCUCCUCCUCCUCCUCCUCCUCCUCCGUCAGCCCCGGCGAUGCCAGCAGCUCCUCAUUCCCCAUCAGCUCCGAUGGCCUCUCUCCCUUCUCCAUGACUUUCAUCCCUGACUCCAGCAAGGACUCUGACCCCAAGGUGCAUGCAACGCCGGCGCUGGCCCCCAUCCCUGCUCCAGCCCCCGUCUCCUCCCAGGCACCCCUGCGGCCGGAGGAUGACAUUCUGUACCAGUGGCGGCAGCGGCGGAAGCUUGAACAGGCCCGAGGAGGUCAGGGUGACGGGACCUGGGUGCUGCCGCGGACCCCUGCCCUCCCCACUCAGGUCCCUGUCCCCAUCUCCCUACAGACCUCUCCUGCCCCUGCGGAGACCUCUGGUUCCCUGGGAACCCAGCCUAACGGCGUCCCACUUUGGGGGAGUGUUGCCCGGCCUGGCCCCCCUGAGGCCUUCUAUUUAGAAAGGCCUCCUAUUCCCCCAGGGUUCUCUCCACACUUCUUUUGGGGCCCCAGCCCCCAUGGGUUCUUCUGGGCCCCGCAGUCUGGUUCCUGGGUAUCUCUGGGGGCUGUUCCCCCGACGUCCCCGGUGUCUAUCCCCGCGCCUCCAGCCUCCACCUCUGCGCCCCCGGCCUCCACUCGCGCAGCCCCGGCCGCCCCCCAGGGCCCGCCCACCCCUGCACCAAGCAGCCCUGCCCAGCCAGAGAGGCAGGGCCCCAAGCCUCGGAGAAGCAGAGCCCCUCACCGGGAGACUGCUGGCUGGAUCACAGCCGGGGACGAGGGGCCCGGGCCGCAGCUCAGAGGCGCCCUGGGCCAGGUGGUAACAGCUCGGCUGUUCCCGGACUGCCUGGAGGACACGCCCCCUCGCCUCGAGGGCCUGCCUCUGAUCCAGGCAGAAUCUCCGAAAGUCAAGGCCACACCCCGAAAAACCAAGGUUACGCCCCCUCGCUCAGAGGUCCCGCCCCCUCCGUGCGAACCACGGUUUCUGCAGGAGGAGACCCCGCCGGGGCGGUCUAAGGCCGGGUUUCGGAAUGCCAAGGCCACGCCCCCCCUGGCGGGGUCUGUGCUUUGCAAGGCCGAAGACAGUCCCUCGGCUGAAGUCCGGGAUCCGCAGCCCGGGGUCCCGUCCUCACCAGAUGAAGAGGUGUCCACACGUGUCAAGGCCCCACCCCCUCCGUUUAAGGUGGGGUCUCACAGGGCUGUGGCCACGCCCCCGUCUACUGCUGACCACGCCCCCUCAGAGGACCUGCUGUCCCAGGCCACCCGACUCCUGGAGGCUGCCGAGGACUCCGACGGCAGCGAGUUCCAGGACGACCCUGUUCUGCAGGUGCUAAGGGUUCAGAGGGCAGAGCUUCGGCGGCAGAAAAGGAAAGUGGAAGCCCAGUUAUCCCACCUGCUGGACCACACUGAAGACCCAGGGUCUUGGUCUCCUCCAGCCAGUUCGCCCCCCGGGUCCCCAAGGAUGCGGCUGCGGAGGGAAGGGGUCUCUCUUGAGGCCAGACGACCUUGAAUUGUACAAAGUCCCUUUUUCCCAAUAAAAAUUUUU